UCCACGUGAUCAGACAUGCUUGGUGUCGAAACGACACUCUGUAACUCUGUAACGUCUAAUUUCACAAGCUGGUCUUCCCUUACACUAUAUUCAAGGACUACACCGCCUGGAGCGAGGGCAGAAAAACAUCCUUUAAUGUUACGGACCGCCGACUAUCCUUUGCUGAAAAUGACAUGAGUUAUAGAAUUGACUGAACUGCUGUCUACUAUAGGGCAUAGACGGAACGUUUUUAUACCGUGCGCUGAUAGUACUAGUGUAUAUAUCUUUGUGAAAACCCGUAAAAGACUCGGUUUGUUAUUAUCUCGUUAAUAAUUGAACGCCGUCAGCCCGAGGGGAGUCUCCAUGCACCAUUGUUGCAGUCCCACAGUUGCUCGACCUUUUCUCGUCACAUGUUGACUCGGUGUGUGGGCAAGUCUUCUGUAUGUCUCUGGAGGACGGUCGCACCAAAACAUAUUGACCUAUGACCGGAGGGCCCAAACCGCCACUGGGCUCUGAGAAACCGUUCUCCCACCUGUGGCUAACCUACCUGACGCCCGGAUGAAGUAGUUCAAAGGACGACGUCAGCCACUGGGAUCUGGACACCUCCUAGACAAGACAGGUUUACAAGUCUAACAUCAUGGCGGCAGCCCCGCGGAAGGACGGCCUGGAUGAUCCCCCCAGCCCUCCCCCCGGCUCCCUGCCGCUGGCCUGUGUAGACGCGACCCCUCGGGCGGUGAUGGAGACGGUACUGUCGGACCUGAAGUGCCCGAUCUGCCUGGACCUGCUGACCGUGCCCGUCCUCAUGCUGCCCUGUCAGCACAACUUCUGUCAGGCCUGUCUCAGGGACAUGUUUCAGGGACCAUACAGGUCCCGGCGGAUCCGGUGUCCGGUGUGCCGGGAGGAGUUCUGGCUGUCCCGCGGGGUGGACGGGGUGGCGCGGAACCGCCUGGCCGAGAAGGUCUUACAGACAUGGCAGGAGGAGCAGGCCAAACCCAAACCAAAGACGACCGUGUGCGCGGACCAUCCCGACGAGCGAGUGAACCUGUUCUGCCAGACGGACGACAUGGCCAUCUGCGCCCGCUGCGUCAUCAGCCAGCAUCGUCAUCAUGACGUCACGGAGCUGGGCCGCGUGGUUCACUGGAAGAAGGCCCACCUUGAGGCGAGUUUGGAGAGUCUGGACCAGACGAACGGCGAGUUGGAGAGUUUCAUAGAGCUGCUGAACUCCGUCAUCAUGGAGGUCAAGGACAAAGCCGAGGAAGAGAAGGGUAAGGUGACGAGCGCGUACGACGAGCUGAUCUCCCUGCUGGAGGAGCGGAAGCUUGGGCUGGUGUCGCGGGUGGAGGAGGAGGCCGGGGCGAAGCUGCAGGAGCUCAGGGAGCAGACCGACACGUGCCGGGACGUGCUGGAGAACAGCCGGGCGGUGGGCGGCCAGGCGCGGCUGGCGCUGGACGAGACCGACCCGGGGGCUUUCGUGGUGCUUGCAGGACAGACAAAGCAAAGAAUAGACCAGGCGGUGUCCAUGGUGCGGGGCAUGGCGCGGCUCCCUGCCGCCGACUCCCACUUCCUGCACGUGGCGAUAGACCUACACAGGGAGAAAGAGAUGGUCAUUAGGCUAAGCCAGGAGGAAGGCACGAGGUUCACCAUGGACCCCCGGACGGCCCACUGUGAGCUGGUGCUGCGCCAUGGCAACACGGUGGUUGCUAUGGACGCCGAGAGAAGAACCUGCCGCCGUGCUUCACUCGACUCCUCUUGUUCCAGCAGCCCCGACAGCUGUGAAAACUCGGAGCGCUUUACCAGAUUUUCCUACAGCGUGCUGGGCGGCGUGUUCCUCAGCCACGGGACUCACUACUGGGAGGUGGACGUGUCCGCGACGACCACCUACCGACUCGGCGUGGCCGCCAGCCGGGUCGCUCGGGACAAGUCGCUCGGGUGCACGGCCGACGCCUGGUGCAUCAGCCGGGAGGGCGGAGGGGACUAUGUCGCCCACCACGACGUGCAGAUAUACAUGUUAUCCAUUCACGAAUACCCCAGGAUGAUCGGCGUACUGCUUGACUGCGAGCAUGGGACACUGACGUUCUUCGACGCCAUGCGGAACUAUGCGGUACUGCACAGGUUUUUAGACGUCAAGGGAGAGCUCGAGGAUCCCAUCUGCCCGGCUUUCUCGGUGGGGGAGGGCCACCUGGUCCUGUACACGGGCAGGACAGCGCCUGAGUUCCACAGCUCGUCUGCCCACUCCGGGAAGGUCAUCUACAACUUCAUCAACCUGAUGGGGAGGAUGGUCGGAUACCAGUAGAUCGGCUGCAUCAGUAGUUUCAUAUUAAUCCAUUCAAGCCCACCAUUCCAGUUCACCUAGGCUACGUUAUAGGCUACGUCACCUAUGCGACGUGACGUGUACAUUUACUUAAACAUAUAACGUUACAAAUACACAUACACAAGGAAUUGUAUCAAAUAUUUCGACUAUUUUUCAUCGAUGUGCUACUUGAGGCAUUGAUCCGUCAAUUACUAAUACUUUCUGAACAAGCGAAUAUUG